AAUGAAGAUUUUAAUAUGGGUAAUUUUGGCGGAGAUAUAAAUCUCAAUGAUGUUUUUGAAGAUGAUACAUUUGACACUACCUCCCUAUUGGAGAAUUUCGAAAACACUACUUUUAAAGAUUAUUCUGUGUGUGAAGACAUUGGGGUAAAUGCUAAACCAAGUAUUAACAACGACUUAAAUGUAAGUGCAUUAUGUUGUGAUGAAGAGAUAAGUGGGUAUGACAAAAUAACUGGUAGAACAUGGAUUUAUCCUACCAAUUAUCCAGUCAGAGAUUAUCAAUUCAAUAUUAUAAAAGCUUCAAUAUUAAAAAAUACACUUGUAAGUCUUCCAACUGGUCUUGGAAAGACAUUUAUAGCAGCAGUUAUUAUGUAUAACUUUUACCGCUGGUAUCCUCUCGGGAAGGUUGUAUUUACUGCACCUACUCGUCCACUUGUUGCUCAACAGAUUGAAGCUUGUUAUAACAUUAUUGCCAUACCUCCAAAAGACACUAUUGAAAUGACUGGCCACAUGCAAGUUAAUACACGUAAAGCACACUGGAUGACGAAAAGAGUAUUCUUUGCAACACCGCAAGUUAUUUAUAAUGACAUUAAAUCUGGUAUAUGUCCUGGUGAUCAGAUACGUUGUCUGGUCAUAGACGAGGCGCAUAGAGCGCGUGGCAACUACGCUUACUGCCAGAUAGUGUCCACCUUGACUGAUAUGGGACAUAAGACUUAUAGAAUUUUAGCACUGUCAGCCACUCCGGGUAGCAAAGUCGAGGAUGUCAUUACUGUAGUUAAAAACCUACACAUAGCUCAUUUGGAAUUACGUACAGAGAACUGUAUAGACGUCGCACCGUACAGCCAUUCUAGAAAGAUCAGUACUGUGGUAGUACAGUUAGGUCCGGAACUUACACAGUUACGACAGCAGUAUGUUGAUAUACUUGAUGGAUAUGCGAGGAGAUUGAAACAAUUAAAUAUUUUGCAACAAAAUAUUGGCAAUUUAUCAAAAGGUCGCAUUGUAAUGUUGUACAAAGAGUACCAGUGUAAAGAAAGAGGCGCGCGACAUCCACAACACAACUACAUAAUGAAAGACUUCACUAUACUGAUAGCUCUUUACCAUGGCUUGGAGUUACUGGUGAAGCACGGCUCUCGUGUCUUCCUCAACUUCUUCGACGAGCAUCCGGAGAAGUCAUGGAUACAAUCUGAUGAUCGUCUGACAGUACUUCUGGAAAGACUGCGAGAUGACCUCGGCAUCAAUCCAUUGUCGCUGGAUCGAAGUGUGUUACCUGAUGGUACUAUACCUGAGAUGCCAAAAGAUUUGUGUUUUGGUCAUCCAAAAUUUUAUAAGCUAAAAGAAAUAAUGCUGGAACAUUUCCAAAGAGCAAAGCGAGAGGGGAAAGACACGAAAGCAAUAGUGUUCUGUGAGUACCGUGAGAGUGUAAGUCUGGUGCAUUGUCUACUACUUCAAUGUCGGCCACUCAUACUGCCGCAGAUGUUCGUUGGACAAGGCGCCUCGGGUAAGGAUGGUAAGACGGUGGUAUCUCAGAAGCAGCAGCUGCGGGCAAUGAGAGGCUUCCGCUCAGGCGAGAGUAACACGCUGGUGGCCACCUGCGUCGCUGAGGAGGGCCUUGAUGUAGGCAGCGUUGACCUCAUACUAUGCUUUGAUAUCUCCACGCGAUCACCAAUACGACUCGUGCAAAGAUGUGGUCGCACUGGUCGUGAACGCGGCGGACAAGUAUUCAUCUUGGUCACUGAAGGAAGAGAACAUCAGACGUUAAUAGAUUGUAUGCGUCAAAGAGAUGGACUCAACAAGAAAAUUUUACAAUCAAAAGAAGUGGAAAAUAAUUUAUAUAAGUUGAACCCACGAAUGUUACCUCACGGGUUCACACCGGAGUGUCAGAAAAUGUACAUAACAGUUACACAGAAAGAUACAAAAGAUAAAGUUAAAACAAAGGGAAAGAAUAAAAAGGGUCAAAAAGAUUUAAGAAACAUGCUCUUUGGAAAACAAUGUACAAGUACUUCUAAUUCAAUAGAUAAUGAAAUAGGAUUAAUAAAAGAUACGGAAUUUCAAGAAAUAUUCCCAACUGGUUUUACGUUUCAAGAUUACGUACAUAAACCAACAGAACUAUGGUGUUUAAAAAAAGAAUCCUUAUUUACAAAUAUAACCUCAAAAGAUACUGACAGCUUGACGUCUAGGCUGGAUUGUCAGCGAUCUUUACAAGAAACUGUCAAAAUUGGUCACUCGAGAGAUACGGAGGCAUUUGUAGAUCUUUUACAGUUCUGCGACGCUAAGAAAUCUGAACAACCAACACAAUAUACAGCAUUUUCAUUGGAAUUCAAAACAAAAAAUCCACAGACUCCGUCAAAAGACAAAAAUGUUAAGAGGAAAACCAAGAAAACACCUACAAAAUCACCAAAUAAAAAAUAUGGCGAUAUCAGAGCAUUGUUUAGUGGCUCUACUAAAUCAACAACAAGUUAUACAAAGUUAUUAAAAGACCUAGGUCUCCAAGAUGGCGGUAACCUGCCUAUGAAUCUAAUGAACUUACUCGUUGAUCUUAAUUUAGAGAGUAAAAAUUUUAUAAAGAAAUGUCACAUUUGUCUCAACAUAUGUAAAUGUUCUGUAUUAAAAGAUAUAAGAAAAACUAGAAAACAAUCUAAAACAAUAUUUGAUCUAGCAAAUUUCAAAUUACCGGAUCUUAAACUAUUAGAACUCAUCGAUGCAGAUGCGAUCUCAAAAUGUAAAAAAUCUGCAUUAGUUGCCAGUCAAAAAAACAACAAUAAUCUCGAAAUUAUAGAUGAUGAACAAAAUUACGUAGAUUUUUUAAAUGAUUCACUUACGGAAAGUGUUUUUGAAAACAAAGAUAAUAAAAAAAUAGUUACAGAAGAAAAUUUCGACAUCGGUAAUAUAGAAGAUAUUUUUGCUGACAGUAGUCCUGAAAUAUUGGGAGAAAUCAAUAAACAAAACCAUAAUGUAACUGAAAACCAAUCAACUAAUCCAAAAGAAACUUUAGAAUUCUUUGGUUUAGAUAGUAUAGAAGACAUAUUCGCUGAUUAUGAUGAAAAUAGUUCAGAAAAGUUACAACAAGAGAACAUUGAAAAAGUUGAUAAUGAACAUAGACUGUCUCCUAUUUUACUACCACAGUCUAUCCAUCCAACUAGUCCAUCAAUUCUGUCUGGACAACAAAGGACAGAAAGACCGACAUCUCCAAUAUUAUGCAGUCAAUUUCUUAAAACUCAUUUGAAUGCAAAGAAAACAUCACGAGAUAAUUCUACUCCUAUCAUUGCUAAAAAAACACGAAAAAUAAGUACCAAUGAUUCAGUUAUAGAUGCAAGUAAUCAUGAAGUAGAUAUCGGAAUAACACCAAAUUAUUUAUCAAAUGUUACCAAUAAAAGUAUGUUUACUAUAACACAACUCGUAGAAAUGAUUAACAAAACUGAUUGCGAUGCAUCAAAAUCAACAAAUAAAGAAGUAACUAAUAACGAAUCAAAUAAUAACAGAAAUAGAAGAAACUCUUCACCUAUAUUACUAACACAACAAGAUAAAAGUAGAUUAUCAAAAACCUCUGUAGAUAAUGAAAAGAAAUUAAAUAAUACAAAUGAAAAUAAAACACAUUCUCUUAUAAUUCUUGAUAGUGACAGUGAAUCGGAUGAUAAUAUGCAAGAAUAUAUAAAUAAUAAUAUUUUAAAAGAUUUCAUCAAAACUGAUAGCAAAGAAAUUAAAGAAAAUAACUUAAUAAAUAAUGAAACUGAUAUAAAACUAUUCGAAAACGAUUCUAUAAGUUCAUCACCAUAUUUCAAUAAGAAACCAAAAUCGGGCAAACCCGUAGUAAGCCAAUUAACUUUACAAGAAAAGGUGCUAGCAGCAUUGACAUCGAAUAAAAUUAAUUUCCCUAAACCGAAUAAUUGCAACAACAUAUAUUGCGCUGUUUCAUUUCCAUCACCGGGGAAGGAAAAUGUCAGAAUAUUUUCACCCAAUAAGAAUAGUAGUGAUGAAGAAAAAGAUGAAAAAGAUUUAAAAAUUAAAAGUAUAGAAGAGUUACAAAAGUUUAGACACGACAACAAAAUCUUUAAGUUAGUUAACGAUUUAAACAACAGUCAUAAAUCAAGACUAAGUUCUAAAAGAAAACUAACAUUUAGUGACAGUGAUGAUGAUUUUGUAGAUCCAAUCGAUUAUAUAAAUAAAUCAAAAACAAGCAAAUUAAAUAAUACAACAACUAGUACCAUAACGAAUCAUAAAGCUCGCAAAAAGAAAAGAAGAAAGAAUGAGUUUUUAGAUGAAGAAGCAGAAUUAUCAGAUAGUAGACAGGACAGUGGUGAUGAACUGACAGACGAUAGUGUUGGAAGUAUUGUUGAUUUUAUUUGUGACGAAACCACGACACAGAAUGACGCAGACUUACACGCUUUCUAUCUCAAGUCACUCAAAAGUCCAAUAAAACCGGGUACAUUUAAAAUACCACAAUUACCUAAACAAUAUGAUAAAGAUGAAAUAUUAUCACAAUUUGAUGAAGAACAAGAUACAUACGAAGUGGAUAGUUUUUGUGUUAGUUCACAAGUUGGAUUAACGCAAACCACUGUGGAAACUGAAUUAGAAAUAGCGGAAAGACUUUUAGAAGAAAGAAGGAGAAAGAAGAGAAAUGGCUCCCGUAAGAAACCGGAAAAGAAGAAGGCAAAGAUAGAGUUAGAUAACACAGACAGUCCUGUUAUCAAGAGAAAAAAUAAAAAUGUUAGACGAAUACAAAGCGAUUCUGAUGAUAGCAGCUAAUUCAAAAAUGUGCUAAAGGCAAGUUAAUCUCGGCGACCAUCUCAUCACGGAGUCGCGUUUUCUAUUUCCACUGGUGCGGCCAUCGCUCAGUUUGCAGCUCAGGAAAAAUGUAAAUAGCCACAUUAUUUAA